UCCCCGGUUUCUACGCACGCGCUCUCUCUCUCUCUCUCUCUCUCUCUCUCUAGAUUCCAUAGUUUUCGUCGUCUGGGUUUGUCGUCUUCCUCUCCUCAUGCUUCUUGUUCCCUUAUAAAUUGCAGUUACUUGCUUCUCUAUCUCUAUAAAUAAAAAGGCUCCUCUCUUUAGAUACUUUCAUUUCCCAAAACGCGAAAUGGAUUUAUCGAAAGAAGAGGAGCACGCAAAUCUCGGCUCAACCGCCGCCGUUAACGGAGGAUCAACCAAAGUCAACGGCGAACACCUAGACGAAGUCGUUUUGGAUGCUAAAAAUCAAUCUCCCGUUAACGGCGGGAUAGACGAGGAAUUUUCCAACGGAAACUCGGAAUCCUCUGACGACGACGAGAGAUACGCUCCCGUUAAUUUCUCCAAUUCCGUUGAUGUCGAUGGAAAUUCGAACGUCAGUUAUAACGGAAGCGACACGAGUGCUGAUUUAGAAUUCGGGAAAAUCGCGAUCGAGGAGAGAGAAGAUCGCGUCGACGACGAGCCGUCGGGGAUGGAUGUCGCCGGGGAAAACACGGCUCGUGAUUUGAAUAUCAACGGCGACGUUGAACGGAUGAUUCGUCCCCAUUCGAUGCUGCCGAAGCCCGAGGCGCCACCGGGGGUGACGUGCUCUCCGCCGGAGGAGUGUCCUCCGAUACACCGGUCGCUGUCGUCGCCGGAGAAAACGACCGCCGCUGCCGUGGACAUGCCAUCGAUCGGGAAGUUCAUACGGGAGAAGAGCAACAGCUUCUCCGCGGCGAUCGCGAGACGUCUCUCGUCGCUGAAGGAAAACGACGACGAUUUGAAACCGUUUGCGGAGCCGGAUUUGAAGCCGAACGUGACGGAGUUCAACUUGUCGGGACUCAAGGUGAUCGUUAAGCUGAAAAACGGAAGCGAAAACGGAGAGGUGGAACUCAAAGGGCGUAUCAGCUUCUUUUCGAGAUCCAACUGCAGGGAUUGCAGCGCCGUGCGAUCGUUUCUAAGAGAGAGAGGGCUGAAGUUCGUGGAAAUCAACAUCGACGUGUACCCGACGAGAGAGAAGGAGUUGGUGGAGAGGACCGGAAGCUCGUCCGUGCCUCAGAUAUUCUUCAACGAGAAGUUAUUCGGCGGGCUGGUGGUCCUGAAUUCGAUGAGGAACAGCGGGCUGUUGGAGCAGAAGCUGAAGGAGAUGCUGGGGAGGAAGUGCCCCGACGACGCGCCCGUGCCGCCGGUGUACGGGUUUGACGAUCCUGAGGUGGAGGAGGAACGGACGGACGAGAUGGUCCGGAUCGUUAGGGUUCUGAGACAGAGGUUGCCCAUUCAGGACCGGCUGAUGAAGAUGAAGAUCGUUAAGAACUGCUUCGCCGGCGCUGAGCUGGUGGAGGUCGUUGUUCAGCACUUGGACUGCGGAAGAAAGAAGGCGGUUGAGAUUGGGAAGCAGCUUGCUGAAAAGCACUUCAUCCAUCAUGUCUACACAGGGAACAAUGAAUUUGAGGAUGGAAACCACUUCUAUCGAUUCCUUGAGCACGAGCCCUUCAUUCCUAGAUGCUUCAAUUUUCGCGGGUCUCCAAAUGACGGCGAGCCCAAGCCUGCUUCUAUAGUCAGCCACAGGCUCGCUAAGAUAAUGUCUGCAGUACUUGAGUCAUAUGCCUCUGAAGAUAGGCGACAUCUUGAUUAUGUAGGCAUCAGCAACAGUGAAGAAUUUCGGAGAUACAUAAAUUUGUUACAAGAUCUUCACAGGGUAGACAUCACAGCACUCUCAGCAGAUGAGAAGCUUGUCUUUUUUUUGAAUCUCUACAAUGCCAUGGUCAUCCAUGCUGUGAUUAGGGUAGGACAUCCUGGGGGUGUUAUCGAUAGGAGAUAUUUCUUCUCCGAUUUUCAGUAUUUAGUUGGAGGCCAUCCUUAUUCCCUAACAACAAUUCAAAAUGGCAUCCUCAGAAGCAACCGGAGACCACCGUACUCCUUGUCCAAAUCAUUUGGUGCUGGAGACAAGCGUUUAGAGCUGGCUUUCUCAAAAGUUAAUCCACUUAUUCAUUUUGGACUCUGCAAUGGUGCAAAAUCUAGCCCUAUCGUGAGGUUUUUUACUCCCAAAGGAGUUGAAUCUGAAUUAAGAUAUGCGACACGGGAAUUUUUCCAAAGAGAUGGAAUGGAAGUGGAUUUGGCCAAGAGGACCGUCUACCUCACCCGGAUCAUGAAAUGGUUUAACAUGGAUUUUGGGCAGGAGAAGGAAAUGCUGAAGUGGAUCUUAAACUACUUGGAUGCAACAAAAGCAGGUCUUUUGACACAUCUUUUGGGAGAUGGGGGCCCCAUUAAUAUUGCUUACCAGAACUAUGAUUGGUCCGUGAACUCUUAACCGUCGUCCAACAUGAAGCCACAUUUCCGAUAUAGAAGCUCAAAGUAAUACAUAGGCUAUAUCUUCAUUGCUGAUUGAUAUUUUGUAGAUAAAACUACCAAAGCUGGAUUUUAUCUUUCAUUGUGCACCCUGCACUUAAGCAGAGGUUUUGAGAGAGCAAGAAAAAAGAAAUUUUUUUACCGCUUUGAAAUGGUAUGAACAUUGUUUAAAUUUUCUGCUGGUUCCCCCAUUUUCAUCCACUCCAACUGUGUCAAUUCAGAUCUUCGAGUCCUAGCAAUGAAUGGAAGUAUUAUAGGUCGAAGUUUCCCAAUCAUCUCUGCCCUUGGAAAUAUAAGUUUACCAAUUUUCUGCUGGUUA